UAUGGAUCAAAAUUUUAUUAAUACAUAUAUAUUGCCUUUUCUAUAGAAUCAACCUGAAUCACCUAAAAAUAGAAAACCUUGUGGUUUUAUUGACAGAUCAUAGAUCAGAUAAUCAAGAAUCAUACAUUAAUCUGUUAAAUUAGAACCAAAGAUUUAAGGCCGUGUCGUUGAUGAAAUUAUUAAAAGGUGUGAAAUUCCUUCAUCUUAUAUUCUAUACAAAAAGAAUAAAGAUUUCAUUCCUAAGAAAAUUCAUCCUAUCUCUUAAUCUGUUAAUAUAAGACUUAAUCACAGCAGUCUAAAGGGAUACUAAGAGAAUGAAAAAAUCUCAAAAGUAUCAUAAAAUUACAAUGAACAAUAAAAAUUUAUAAGAAGAUAAUCUUUAUCAUUUAAUGAGAGAGGGGAAAAUUAAAUAAAUCAUAAACAAUAAAUUGACUAAAAAGAAACAAUCAAUUUAGACAUGUUUGAUACUAAUGAUUUAUUUACGACAAAAUUGGAUUUCUAUAAAAAGGACACAAUUCAAUCUUUGAGAUAAAAAAAGAGCGUCAUUUUUUAAUCUAAACUAAAAGAUAUUUUGGAGAAAAAAGCCAAAAAUGAUUUGCCCUAAUAAAACAUGAGAGCCUUUUAGCUAUUUAAUGAAUGGCAAAAUCAACAAAUAUAAAGUGAUACAAGAUCUUAUUAAAAUUAAAGGAAAUUCUAAAAUCCUAAUAUCCAAUUAGAUAUACAUAAAUAUGAGCAUCAAUGUUAACAAAAAAAAAUGUAAAUUAAUAGAUUGUUGCUGAAAAGACUUUGA